CUAUACCUGCACAGGAUGUCGUGGGACUCGUACCUUGAUAACCUAAAGACGGCCGACCAGAGCGGUAAAAUCCCGGUCAUGGAGGCAGCCAUCUGUGGGAUGACGGCCGGGCAAGAGAGUGUGUGGGCCAGCACGCCCGGCCUGGCCGGCAUUACGGUGGACGAAAUUAAGAAGCUGGCACAUGACAGGAAGAAUUUCUCCCAAGUCGGCGCUUACAUUGCAGGAAAGAAGUGCAUGAUGCUCCGAGAUGAGUUGGACACAGACAAGGUCCACACCUUGGACCUGAAGACCGCUAGAGACGCUGAUGGCAACGCCUAUGGAAUAUGUGUUGGAAAGAGCAAGCAGGCUUUAGUCAUAGCUAUGGGCACAAAAGAGGCAUCUGGAGGUCAGCUAACCAGCAAGGUGUUUGGCGUUGUUGACUACCUGCGAGGAGUCAACAUGUAAGACAAAAUGGCCACCGUCCCCUCCUGUACCCACCAACCAAGAUGGCUGCCACCCCCCUGCCUUCCCCUGCGUAUCGACUCAAGAAAACGGCCACUGCUCUGAGCUUCUUUAGUUUCUUUUAUUAUUUUGACCUUCCCGGCGUAUUUCUGCCAUCAGGGAUAAAAAUGAGGUGUUUAAAGUUUAAAUCCAUGUAAUGAAUGAGUGGUAGAAGUGAACACACAUGCGGCAGUGGACUGUGUGUGUGUGAAAGCUGUUAGCAUGUUUGAAUCUGUUAAAAGCAGGGAGCCAGUGUUACAUUUUUUUUUUUUUUACAGUGGCGAUGGAUUUGUGUCCAAUCACAGCUCUCUGGAGACAAAUUACACACUGAAAAAUAAAAAAACAACAUGUUUAUUCUAUAAAACA